GAAGGGCCCGGCAGCCGCAGGGAGCCGCCCGCCGCCCCGCCCGGCGCCGGCCAUUGGCCGCGAGCAGCCAUUACUCCCGCGGGCGGCGGUGGGGGGCCGGACUUGAUCGUCGCCGCGGCGGCAGCGGCAGGAGAAUACAUGACUUGCUGAAAAGAGAGAAAAUGCUAUGCUGGGGUUAUUCAUCUUUUGGACAACCUGGAAUAGGCAGCAGCCUCCAGGUCAUCAUUCCCGAACCACAGGUGUAUGGAUUCAUUAACGACAGAAAUGUUAAGGAGGUGGCAUGUGGAGGAAACCACUCGGUGUUCCUGCUGGAAGAUGGGGAAGUGUACACCUGUGGUUUGAACACCAAAGGCCAGCUGGGGCACGAGAGUGAAGGAAGCAAGCCAGAACCAAUUGGAGCCCUGGCAGGGCAGCACAUAGUGCACGUGGCCUGCGGAGAGUCCCACAGUGUGGCACUCAGCGACCAGGGCCAGGUCUUCUCCUGGGGCGCAGGCAGCGAUGGACAGCUGGGCCUCACCACUAUUGAAGAUGCAGUGACAGUACCAAGGCUGAUAAAGAAACUGAACCAACAGACCAUACUGCAGAUUUCCUGUGGAAACUGGCACUGUCUGGCUUUGGCAGCAGAUGGCCAGUUCUUUACGUGGGGGCAGAACAGCUAUGGUCAGUUGGGCUUGGGGAAAGAGUGUCCCUCCCAAGCAAGUCCACAGCGUGUCAAGUCUCUUGAUGGGAUCCCUUUGGCCCAGGUUGCUGCAGGUGGAGCCCACAGUUUUGCCCUGUCUCUCUCAGGAGCUGUGUUUGGCUGGGGAAAGAACAGCUCAGGACAGCUGGGACUAAGUGAUGAACGAGACCGAGAAUCCCCUUGCCAUGUGAAGCUAUUGCGGUCUCAGAAGGUUGUUUAUAUCAGCUGUGGAGAGGAACACACAGCAGUUCUAACAAAGAGUGGAGGGGUGUUCACGUUCGGUGCAGGUUCCUGUGGGCAACUGGGACAUGAUUCCAUGAAUGAUGAAGUGAACCCCCGAAGAGUUCUUGAGCUGAUGGGCAGUGAAGUAUCCCAGAUUGCUUGUGGCAGACAUCACACUUUAGCCUUUGUGCCUUCUUCAGGAAUGAUCUAUGCAUUUGGCUGUGGAACAAGAGGCCAGCUCGGAACUGGGCACACUUGCAACGUUAAGUGUCCCUCUCCGGUGAAGGGUCACUGGGCAGCUCACAAUGGGCAACUCUCAGGGAAACCUGAUGCCUGUAAAUAUCACGUUGUUAAACAUAUCUUCUCUGGAGGAGACCAAACAUUUGUGCUUUGUUCCAAAUAUGAGAAUUCCUUGCCUGCUGAUGAUUUCCGGACCAUAAAUGAAACACGUUACACCUGUUUAAUAAAUGAUGAAACUAUAGAUGUCUGGAGGCAAAAGCUUUUAGAAAAGAACAGUUCUAAUUCUGUCAAUAACGUUGUUCAGAUACUGUCCUCGGCUGCCUGCUGGAAUGGAAGCUUCUUGGAGAAGAAAAUUGAUGAACAUUUUAAGACCAGUCCAAAGAUCCCAGGGAUUGAUUUGAACUCCACUAGAGUUCUGUUCGAGAAGCUGAUGAACUCACAACAUUCAAUUCUCCUAGACCAGAUACUGAAGAGCUUUGAAAGCUUUUUGAUUCCUCAGUUGUCCAGCUCACCACCAGAUGUUGAGGCAAUGAGGAUCUAUCUGAUUCUCCCUGAAUUCCCACCCUUCCAAGAUUCAAAGUAUUAUAUCACAUUAACACUUCCUCUGGCAAUGGCUAUUCUGCGCUUGGACACCAAUCCUAGCAAAGUUCUUGAUAACUGGUGGUCUCAAGUGUGUCCAAGAUAUUUCCUCAGGCUAGUGGAUCUCUAUAAAGGUGCAGUGGUUUACCUCCUCAGUGGAAGAAAGUCAUUGUUGAUCCCAGUCUUGUUCAGUAGCUACAUUACAGCUGCUCUCAGGCUUUUGGAGAAGCUCCACAAGGUAAAUCAGAAAGUUAAACAUAUAGAAUAUGAUAAGUUUUAUAUCCCUGAGAUUUCCAGCUUGGUGGAUAUUCAAGAGGACUACCUCAUGUGGUUCUUACAUCAGGCUGGAAUGAAGGUAAGACCAUCUAUCAUGCAGGAUGCUGUGACUCUCUGUUCUUAUCCUUUCAUCUUUGAUGCUCAGGCUAAGACCAAGAUGUUACAGACAGAUGCAGAACUGCAGAUGCAGGUGGCAAUAAAUGGUGCAAAUUUGCAAAAUGUCUUUAUGCUUCUCACCCUGGAGCCUCUGCUGGCCAGAAGCCCUUUCCUGGUUCUUCAUGUUCGCAGGAGUAAUUUAGUGGGUGAUGCUCUAAGAGAGCUGAGUAUCCAUUCAGACAUUGAUUUGAAAAAGCCUCUUAAGGUCAUCUUCGAUGGUGAGGAAGCUGUUGAUGCUGGAGGGGUGACAAAGGAAUUUUUCCUCCUGUUGCUGAAAGAACUCCUCAACCCCAUCUAUGGCAUGUUCACUUACUACCCAGAGUCAAACCUGCUGUGGUUUUCAGACACGUGUUUUGUAGAACACAACUGGUUUCACUUGAUUGGCAUCAUAUGCGGUCUUGCAAUAUACAACUUCACAGUGGUAGACCUUCACUUUCCCUUGGCUCUGUACAAAAAGCUCUUGAAUGUGAAGCCAUGCCUAGAGGAUUUGAAGGAGCUGUCCCCUACAGAAGGAAGAAGUCUUCAGCAGCUUUUAGAUUAUCCUGGGGAAGAUAUAGAGGAGAUGUUCUGCUUGAACUUUACAAUCUGCAGGGAGAGCUAUGGUGUGACAGAGCACAAGAACCUGAUUGAAGACGGUGACAAAAUUCAGGUGCAGAAGGACAAUAGGGAAAAAUUUGUUGAAGCCUAUGUAAAUUACAUCUUCAAUUGCUCCAUCCACGAGUGGUACACAGCUUUCUCCACUGGCUUCCUGAAAGUGUGUGGUGGGAAAGUCCUGGAGCUCUUCCAGCCCACAGAGCUCAGGGCCAUGAUAGUUGGAAACAGCAACUACAACUGGGAGGAACUGGAGGAGAGUGCUGUCUAUAAGGGAGACUACACUGCAACGCACCCAACCGUGAGAAUGUUUUGGGAAACCUUUCAUGCAUUUCCCUUGGAAAAGAAGAAGAAAUUUCUCCUGUUUCUGACGGGCAGUGACCGCAUCCCCAUCUAUGGCAUGUCGAGCCUCCGCAUUGUCAUCCAGUCCACCGCCAACGGGGAGCAGUACCUGCCUGUGGCACACACCUGCUACAACCUCCUGGACCUGCCCAAGUACAGCAGCAAGGAGAUCCUCAGUGCCCGGCUGGUGCAAGCCAUUGAUCACUACGAGGGCUUCAGCUUAGCUUGACUGGUGUGGGAGAGGCACAGACACUUGGGUACAUGGUGGGCUUGGGUUUAUUUUUGUAUGUGAAAGGAUCGCAGCAUUUUUUGGGGAAAAAUAAUAAGAAUAGAUUUGGAGAAUGCAGUCUCAACCUAAUGCUGCCAGUAUUUUGUGAGGCUUUAGCAGGCAGGGACUAUUGCUUUGAAUUUUCUGAUCUGCUGAACACAAUCAGUUCAGUGAGCUUUUCUGUUGUUUCCCCUCCAGAUUCACAGCAGUGCCCUACCAGCAACUCCCUCUAGUUUGCUUUUAUCGCCCUUUACACACGCGUUGAUUCCUCGUUUUAGAUCAGUUUAUGUACUUGGUGUUCCUUGCACGUAGCCUACGGUGGUAAUUCAGGAUGAAAUAAUCAUCACCUUUUAAAAAAGCUGUGAUUCCCCACACCCUUUUUUUCCUUCCUUUUUUAAAUGCAAGCUGGUUCUUGCUUACGUGGAGUGAACGUAUCCCCUCUGCUCUUUGGUCCUUGGCAGAUGGUACUGGGCUGAGGUGUCACUUGUUAUCCCCAGGUCAGUUAUGGUACGUGCUCUGUCUUUUUGCACCAGUUAUCUCAUGGAGGAUGUGUUGGUUGCAGGGUUGGCUUGUUAUUCCUCUUCUGUGUCAAACUUUGUUCCCAAGCAAUGUCUUCUUAAAGGAUCAUCGAAUUCCUUUAUGUUAAGGCUUGUGGAUGGACAAACCGUACUGUUAACAACAGGUUUCUUGGACUGUGCCUCUCUUGUGUUGUUCUUCUGUCCCCAUGUUAGGCAGGGGGGCAGAGCCAAGUCCAGUGUUUCCAUUCUAUCAGAUGUGUUCUUCAUUACAAGGAGAGUUGGCAGUGAUUAUCACUGCUGCUUUUCUCCAGAGGAGUUUUGCAUGCGUGAGGAUGUGUGCAGGCUCCCCAGUGUCAUCAGGCCGGAGGAAAAGAAAGAAGCAUCAGAUUCCUGUUGGUGUAGUAUCUCUCUGAUUAGAGGCUGGUGUUAUUACUGCAGCUUAUGGUUGGAGUGGAACCUACGGCAUCUGUUUUGUUUGGCGUGUGCUGGGGGGAAGGCUAAAGGACAAUCUGUUAUGAAUUGCAGUGGUAAUGUACAGUAACUGUACAAUAAAAGACGAGCGGGCAAAAGCGUGAACUGUAUCCUGUAUGGUUGGAGAGCCCCCAUCCCAUUAAUGCUGAGUAAAUGACUACCCCACUUUUAAGGUAUUGGUGUAAAUCUCAUUUGAAGCCUGAGGUUUUGCAAUUGAGUUGUUCUUAGGACAUAUUCUUCAUGCACCACGUUCAAUAUCUAGUAUUGAACUUUGCACCUUGUAACAAAAGGUUAUAGGUUUUGUCUUGGCAAAGGGAGGAGUGGAGUGUUGGUAAUGUAAUGCAGCAUUGAAGAAAAAUAAAGCAGCAUAUGAAAUGUUGAUAAUGGGUGUUUUUUUCAGAGGGAGGGAGGGAAGGAAGGAAAGGAGUGAGGAAGGAAGGAACUCCUGCAGAUGUACAUCUGGAAGUCCAAAGCUAGCCUAGGAUUUUGUCAUCUCCUUCUUCUCCAUGUCAGUCUUACUUACUUUCUUAACAACAGUGCAGGUGGUGGUUCUGGUUUUUGCCACAGGGAAAACAGCAUUUUAGAAAUAGAGAGGAGGCAGCCAGGUGUGUCUUUUUUUCUUUUUUAAUUUACAGUUUUACUUAACGGAUUCUGUUACGUUUAGCUUUCAAAGUUCAAAAAUAUAAACUCUCUAAAGUGCAUAACUGUACUUACAUUUCAUAUAAACUAUCUGAAAUUCUAGCAGUAUGCCAUGUAAACAGCAGUAACUAAGCAUCAGAAAAUGCUACAAUCUCAUCAGUUCAUACAAUGCAAUGGACUGUUCCCUACGUAUCAUUUAUCAAGAUUUGUCAGGGGCAAAACUCAGCAAACAUCAUUUAUUGGUACACAGUGCAAACAGGCUUUUAAAAAUAAUCAGAGAAAUCAUACUCCUGGGAAGUGUUGGCCCACUACAACAUGAAUGAGGAGGAAAAGGGGCAGGAACUACACCAAGCUUCCCUUCCUGCCAGUCAUCUUCAAAUGCAGUUUCUAAGCCCAACUGUAACACUCAGCACAUCAGAUCUGCAGAGGCAGAGCCCACACCUCAUGAUGGACACUCAGUGCCUCUUAGAAGUCACACCCCAGUUCAUCAUACAAACCCUUGCAAACAGGGAAUUCAGCCUUCACUACUUUUCUAUAGGAGCGGGCGGUUCUGCUGUCAGUAGAAAACAGCCCCAGGCUCUCCCUAACAGAAGCACAUCAGCCUCUUAUGAGGCAGAUUGCCAAUGCAGAGCCCUGGGGAAGGGGGAGGAAGGCGGCCUCCCAAGUAGCUGCGGGGUGCCAAAGAGACCUGCCCUCAGCACCAGCUUUGGCAAGAAUGAGCACAGACGGCACAGCACGUGGAAGGGGGCAGUUUACCAACUGCUCCUCUUUAUGGGCCCUCCUGCCUGCAGGGAGAAGGGAAGAGAGGAGCUCUUCUGUGGGCCCUGCUCCUGCGUGAAGCCUGGCUGCGAUGAGGUGCACUGCACCCAUCCUCAGCUCGUUGGCUCCUGCACGCAGCUCCCCAGGGAACUGAGAUAAAAGACAGCAUCACCUUGUGAUACCAGAGCCAAGCCCCAUUAACAAGAGUGUCUUGCCCCAGGUCCAGGGGAAGGGCUGUGGGGCAGUGACUGCCUGCAUGCACCCCUGAGUGCACAGGGCUGCAGAACUGUCAGCUGCUCGCUGUGAUUCUGAACUUGCUGCCUUCACUCCUUCAGGCAGUGAUUGUCCGAUGCAAGAACUGGAAUCCAGUGGCCCAGGACUCUUAUUUCAGAUCUGAUAAUGUUUAACUGCUCAACCCUGCACCUGAGACACGUGCAGCACGUGGCUCCAGGCUUUCACGUCCCUUCAGUAUCCUCUGCCCCAGCGUAAAAACUACACCCAACAAAGCCACAGGGAAGAAAAGAACAUCCUCUGUUGCCACAAAGCAUCACUGCUUCAGCACACAUUGUCUGGUGGCACACAUAAAUAAAACUGAGGCUAAUGGGUGUGCAUGACAUCCAUGUGGACUUUCACCCUAGGCUCUUAUACCCAUUAUCAGAAGCGUAAGGUCUGAUGUAGUGGGUCCUCCAAAUGCUUAACAGCUGACACUUAGCUGAGCAGCUACCAAACUCCCAAGGCAUUCUAACUUAAAGCUGAUAAAACCUCUUCCCAAUUGCCCAAGCAUCAUAAUCUCACAGCAUCCACCUCCCAAGGG